UAGCUAUGGAGAUGGAAAACAUUUACACUGGGCUGCAGAAACCAGACAAGGAUAUCUACUCAGUCCUCACAGCCGUGGAGAAACAGCCUGGAAAACCCACAGUAAACACGACUGUGAAGAAAGCCAGUUCCUGCAACUGGGCUGCUGUGGUUUUUGCUGUGCUGUGGAUCCUCUCAGUCUCUGUCACCCUGGGUGUGAUCUUUCACAGGAAUGCAGAGUAUGCCAGCCUCUUUCAAGAGUAUUCCGACCUGCAGAAUCAACUGAAGAACUAUACGAACAUGACAGUUCACAGGAAUGCAGAGUAUGCCAGCCUCUUUCAAAAGUAUUCCGACCUGCAGAAUCACCUGAAGAAGGAUACGAACAUGACAGAAAUCUGCACUGCUGUGUGGAGGUGGAUCCUCGAUGCUGCAGCUGAUGUGACUCUGGACCCUGAUACAGCGCAUCCCAGUCUCAUCCUGUCUGAGGACAGGAAACAAGUGAGACUUGGAGGCACACGACAGACUCUCCCUGACAAUCCAAAGAGAUUUGAUCCUGUUGUCAGUGUCCUGGGCUGGCAGGGCUUCACCUCAGGGAGACACUACUGGCAGGUGGAGGUGGGGGAGAAGACUGAGUGGUAUUUAGGAGUGGCCAGAGAGUCCAUCAACAGGAAGGGGAAUAUUACACUGACUCUUAAGAAUGGUUAUUGGACUGUGUGGCUGAAGGAUGGAGAGUACAAGGCUCCCGAUAUCACCCUCCCCCUGAACGUGAAGCCCCGGAAGGUGGGGGUGUAUCUGGAUUAUGAGGAAGGACAGGUCUCCUUUUACAAUGUGGAGACCAGAUCUCACAUCUACACUUUCACUGACACCUUCACUGAGAAGCUCUAUCCAUUCCUCUGCCCUUCUACUAAUAAAGAUGGUAAAAACGCAGCCCCACUGAUCAUCCUCCCUGUCAGUGAUAGAGAUUGAAUAAAGUGGUGUAUCUGUAUGACAGCCUACACCAGCACUGAUUAUCCUGCUCAUUGCAUUAUUACUUGCCCACCUAUUUCUUUGUCUACCUGUAAUUGUUUUACUGAUUAGCUUGACAAAACUAUAGGAAUGCCCGUCACAUUUAACACACCCCUGUGACUGGAGCACAUGGGCUGUCCCUCACAUGCCUGAUUCAUAUAACACACCCCUGUGACUGGAGUACAUGGGCUGACCCUCACAUGCCUGAUUCAUUUAACACACCCCUGUGACUGGAGCACAUGGGCUGACCCUCACAUGCCUGAUUCAUUUAACACACCCCUGUGACUGGAGCACAUGGGCUGUCCCUCACAUGCCUGAAUCAUUUAACACACCCCUGUGAUUUGUCACUGUGCUCAGUCUCAUUACUGUGCUCAGCCUCAUUACUGUGCUCAGCAUGCCCACCUUGCAUUGCAAUGCACAUAUUUCAGUUGUGUUGUUGUUGUUGUUUUACAUUCAUCUUUUGUGCUUGAUUUUUACCUGAUAGUUCAUGCGAUGCAGGUCAGGUCACAUGUCCUAGAUUUCCUAGAUGCAAUGUAACAUGUAGUUCUGUGUGGUUUAGUCUGUGAAUAAUAUCAAGUUUUACAAUAGAUAGGAGGAGACCUGCACUGCACUGUAAAUACUGCUAACAGAAUGAAGAGAUGCAUUGAUUCAUUUAUGCUAACAUGACACUGGAUUGCAGUCACAACGACAUGUAGAUUUAGAUGCUUAUUUUUAGACGCUUGAGUUUUUUUAAAAUGUAUAUUAAAGGGUUGCUUCACACCAUCUAUGAAUGACAUCAGUGAGCAAUAACAACAAUAGAGAAUGCUAGAGAUCAAACUAUGAUAUUAAACAGGUACGGAAUUAACCAUGUGGAUGAUGAGUGCCAGGAUCCCUUUACAAUAUGUAUCAAUGUUGCUUAUUUAGACGUUCAUGCAAGUAGGGUUCAGAUCUUUUAACUUUCUAUACCAGAGCCCUUGCUUUUAGAAAUGUGGACUUGGACAGAUUAAGCUGUUUUGGGUUAACGCGGCUGAACCAGAUUAAGCUCCAGGUUUUUGUAAUCUCUGCUCCAUUAAUAAAUAUUUUAAUUUCCAAUGAAA